AUGUCUACAUCUAACGCCAAUUUUAAAAACAAGUGCGUUACACAGGUGAACUGUAUAUUUUGUGAAAGUCUGCUUUGCACAAGAGGCAUGAAGGCAGUGCUCCUUGCGGACACCGAAGUUGAGCUGUUUUCGACUGAUAUACCUCCAAAUAGAACUGUGGACUUUGUGGCCAGCUGCUAUUCUACUGAAAGCUGUAAAUGCAAAUUGAGAGACAUCGCUUGUCUUAAAUGUGGUAAUGUUGUUGGCUACCAUGUAGUAGCCCCCUGUAAACCCUGCCUGCUCUCCUGUAACAACGGUCAUUUCUGGAUGUUCAAUAGUGAUGCUGUGUCAACUCUUAACAGACUGGAUGCAACAGGUCUCAAUCUGCUUUUGUGGGGAGAUCUUCCUGAACUAGAUGACAGUGAAAAUGAAGAAUCAGAAAGCCCAUCAGAGGAGGAGUGCAUAAGGUAG